AUGACUGUAUUCACGCCUUCUAUAAUCUGUAAACAAAGUCAACAUUUUACCUGGGGUAUAUUCGCAAACAAUGCCCCUGUACAGCAAUCAAGUGUUCGUCACUCAAGUGUAGUACAGCAGUCAAGUGUGCAUCACCCAACAGCAGUCAAGUGUAACAGGGUAGCUAUGGCUGAGUUCACUAUAAGAAAGGCAGUAGCAGAAGACUGUGGAGACAUCCUCAGACUGGUCAAGGAACUAGCUGAUUAUGAGAAAAUGCCAGAUUCUGUGAUCAUGACAGUGGAAAAAUUACAAGAAGAUGGCUUUGGAGAAGAAAAAUAUUUCCACUGUUUUGUUGCUGAAAUCCCAAGUGAGGAAGGGCCUCAAUGUAAAAAGGCAGUAGGUUUUGUCCUGUAUUUCUUCGCAUACUCCACAUGGGAAGGACGUAGUAUCUACAUGGAAGACUUCUAUGUGACACCAGAGUGGCCUCAAUGUAGAAAGGCAGUAGGUUUUGUCCUGUAUUUCUUCGCAUACUCCACAUGGGAAGGACGUAGUAUCUACAUGGAGGACCUUUAUGUGACUCCAGAGUGUAGGGGCAAAGGAAUAGGCACUGCUCUAUGGAAAAGUGUAGCUAAGCAUGGGGUAGAGAAGCAAUGUGUUCGAUUAAACUUUGGAGUACUAGAUUGGAAUGUCAAAUCUAUAGAUUUCUACAAGUCUAAGGGAGCUGUAGAUUUAACAGAAAGUGAAGGGUGGAACAGCUUCAGACUGACUAAAGAGGCACUGGAAUCCUUUGCUGCUUCAUGAAUUGAAAAAUGAUAUGGACUUAAAGUAGUUUCAGCAUGAUUUAUCAGGAAUUAAAAAUGUAAUUAUGGGACAAUAUCACUUCAUGAAAAUGAUAUGGACUUAAAGUAGUUUCAGCAUGAUUUAUCAGGAAUU